CACAACGAUACCCAAACAAUAACUGAUGGCAAGAAGGCGAACUGUGUCGAACUCAUACUGCCGGCAGCGCAAAAGUGGGGUGGAGAGUGUAGGGUCGAACCAUGAACACGAGACAGCCUCAUGGCCUCGCAGAGAAUCCAUUGGAGGAGAACCUGGAUACAACGGGGCUACCAAUAGUAUUUGCGGAUUUUCCUAACGUAAGGGCCAGUGAGGGCUGCUUUGUGAAUCACCAGGAGUCUUCUCAUCUUCAGAACAUGCAGGGGCGUCUGAAUUGGGCAUGUUUCAACCUAAGACAGCAUGUAGGGGAACAACUUUAGAUAAUCGAAGGUUUCGUGCAUGCACCUUUGGACCGGUUCGCCAAUCGUCUGUACAUCAAUGACCUGUGGCACGCUUUAUGUCUCGAGAAGAAGAUAAGAACCGAAAUGAUUUCCUUCCGACCACGCUCGAGAGAUUUGGACUUGAACCUUUGAAUCUUGUGACAAAUUUAAUUAAACUGAUUUCGCCCGACCAGCGGCUAAUGGGACAAUUAACAUAAUUUGUAUUAACCAUUUUUUUUCUGGUGGUCUAGUUAAUAAAUUUUAAUAACAUAUUUUUCUUCACAUGAUAAACGUAUAGAAAAAUCGUGAUUCGGAAAAAAGAUAAUUGAUCCCUACGUCCACUCUGUGAUAAAAAGCGAGAUAACAUAUAACCGAUUUGCUCAAUUAACAACAACAAAUGUUUGUCGACUCAUAAUCUGCAGUUGCAAUUGAAUUUAAAAAUAAAUGUCAUAAUUUGAAGCAACAAUUCAAUAAUUAUAUUUCGAUCAGAAAAAAAUUCUUCUUUAUUUAAUGUUUAGUACAACCAACGCAGUGUAAUACAAAAUUGAUUUAAAACCAGACGUACUUUUAAGAAUUGAUAUUAUACAGUACUGUA